AUGGGGUCUUCGGCUAGCGAUUUCUCGCCGCCGCCCCCCGGCGCCCCGAGCCGCUGCCCACGGAGUGUUGCUCGUCACUCCACGCAGCCAAUGCAAUCUUGGAGGGGACUCAGUCUUCUCCGGCUUCUUCUUGCGUUCGCCCUUUUCUCUGUUCUUCUGUACGACCACUGGAGGAUCCUGGGCAACGCGCUCGCCCUGCGGACAGCGUCUCGGGCUGAAACGGCUCUCCAAGCGACGACUCCCUCUGCCAUGACCCCGUUGACCAAUGGACAGGUGGUGGAGAUGACCGCCUCAACUUUCUCCAUCGUCCGCACUUGGUGCACCAUGUACCAGGCUCAGUGGCAGAUCUUCAACCAGAUGUGCCUGAAUAAGGAGUUAAGUGGUGCAUUCAAACAAGCUGCCGCAAACGGAGAGAGCGCGCUCUUCGACUUCAGGAACUAUUCUGGAUUGCAAGUUCAGGGCGAGGUCGGUGUGGUGCCGGGCACGAAUGCUCCAGUGCGGAUUGUCCGCGACCCCAACUCACCGACACAUGCUGUAAAGUACAUCUAUGGUGCCAUCUGCACGGGUGAACUGAACUACGCUUGCAAGAAAGUCCUGGAAACCAACGUGAGCACGGAGAUGACAGACACAAUUGCUGUGCCAACUUCGGAAGAAGUGGAGAAAAUUCUUGAACAUUUCGACAAAGAGACUCCGUUGGAGGCCACGGCACGUGCGCAGGUGGCGGAGCAAAUGCUGGCCAGCGCUUCCUCGGACGAAAAAGGCUCUUUCCCUGAUGUUCAAGCGGACGCCACAGAGACCGCGCCAAGCACACAACCAGAGGAUCAGGCGUCUCCCACGGCCGCUUCGCCCACAGCAACAGGUACAGAUACACAGUCUUCUGAAGAUGAGAAGGAAACGGAGAACGCAGCCAAAGAAGGCGACGAGGAAAAGCCAGCAGACGGUAGCGACAGUGAAGGAGCCGACGCUAUCGAACAGAAAGCCGUAGACGCCGCUGAGGGUGACGGAAGUGUCUUCGAUACUGAAGGUCAGGACUCCCCUGGCGCUGCUGCUCAACCCGAAAGCUCUCCAUCCGCCGACGACAAAGAACCAUCUGGAGACGCUGACGAAACAUCAGGCGAUUUGCCGACCGAUAGCCAAGAUACGCCAGCUACAGAUUCCUUCGACACCGUAUCUUCGUCUGACAGCACAGGACCCGCCUCUGGCAACGCCGACACAUCGACAACUGAUGCUCCGGCAGCAGACGCAUCAGCUGCGACCGAAGGCAGCGAGAAAUCGGCUGGCGGAGACGGCGACACGCCGACAACUGAUGCUCCGGCAGCAGACGCAUCAGCUGCGACCGAAGGCAGCGAGAAAUCGGCUGGCGGAGACGCCGACACGCCGACAACUGAUGCUCCGGCAGCAGACGCAUCAGCUGCGACCGAAGGCAGCGAGAAAUCGGCUGGCGGAGACGCCGACACGCCGACAACUGAUGCUCCGGCAGCAGACGCAUCAGCUGCGACCGAAGGCAGCGAGAAAUCGGCUGGCGGAGACGGCGACACGCCGACAACUGAUGCUGUCGCAGCAGACGCAUCAGCUGCGACCGAAGGCAGCGAGAAAUCGGCUGGCGGAGACGGCGACACGCCGACAACUGAUGCUCCGGCAGCAGACGCAUCAGCUGCGACCGAAGGCAGCGAGAAAUCGGCUGGCGGAGACGGCGACACGCCGACAACUGAUGCUGUCGCAGCAGACGCAUCAGCUGCGACCGAAGGCAGCGAGAAAUCGGCUGGCGGAGACGGCGACACGCCGACAACUGAUGCUCCGGCAGCAGACGCAUCAGCUGCGACCGAAGGCAGCGAGAAAUCGGCUGGCGGAGACGGCGACACGCCGACAACUGAUGCUCCGGCAGCAGACGCAUCAGCUGCGACCGAAGGCAGCGAGAAAUCGGCUGGCGGAGACGCUGACACGCCGACAACUGAUGCUCCGGCAGCAGACGCAUCAGCUGCGACCGCAGGCAGCGAGAAAUCGGCUGGCGGAGACGCUGACACGCCGACAACUGAUGCUCCGGCAGCAGACGCAUCAGCUGCGACCGAAGGCAGCGAGAAAUCGGCUGGCGGAGACGCUGACACGCCGACAACUGAUGCUCCGGCAGCAGACGCAUCAGCUGCGACCGAUGGUAGCGAGAAAGCAGCUGACGACGACGUCGACACACCGACAACUGAUGCUCCGGCAACAGACGAAUCAGCUGCGACUGAUGCCACAGAUAGCUCGGACAGUGCUGACGCUGCAGAGACGCCUGCUGGUGACGACCAAGAGACGUCGUCGACGGCUGAUAGCCAAGAAGCUGCUAAUGAGAGCGGUGAGGGCGGAGAGGAUGGCAACGCUUCCUCUUGA